GUCAGUCUGCAGCUCGCAGGAGUUUCACCGAGGAUUUAAUUAUCUGUCAUUUUAGACACCGGAGCAGCACGAGCGGAGACGCUGCACCAGAGACUCCUGAGAGCAUCUCCAGAGGUUGCUGCUGCGCACACAGAGCCUGAAGAAAGACAUCAUGAGUGACAACUUCGACUGCAAAAACUGCAACGAGUCCCUGUGUGGACGCAAAUACAUCCAGGUGGAGGAGAAACCUCACUGCAUCCCCUGCUACGACCGCCUGUACGCUAACACCUGCCAGGAGUGUAAAGAAAUAAUUAGCCACAAUGCCAAGGAGCUCUUCUAUGAGAACAGAUAUUACCAUGCACACUGUUUUCGCUGUUUCCGCUGCGACCGCUCUCUGGCAGACGAGCCCUUCACCAGCCAGGAGGACGCACUGGUGUGCAGCGACUGCUACUGCAACGAGUUCUCCUCCAAGUGUGUCUCCUGCGACAAGACGGUCAUGCCAGGGUCGAGGAUGUUGGAAUACGGCGGCUCCACGUGGCACGAGGACUGUUUUGUGUGUCAUGGUUGCGAGAAGCCGAUCGGCGCCGAGGCCUUUAUCCCGGACAACAACAACUACUACUGUGUGCCCUGCUACGAGGGCAGGGUGGCUCCUCAGUGCAGCCACUGCAAAAAGGCUCUGACUAAAGGAGGGGUGACCUACAAGGACGAGGUGUGGCACAAAGAGUGCUUUCUCUGCACGGGCUGUAAAGCUCCGCUGGCCGGCCAACCCUUCACCUCGCAGGGGGAGAGUCCGUACUGUGUCAAGUGUUUCAGCAGCCUGUACGCCAAAAAAUGUGCCGGCUGCAACACGGCCAUCACAGGGUUCGGGGAUGGGAAGUAUGUUUCCUUUGAGGACCGGCAGUGGCACCAGCCGUGCUUUAAGUGUUCGCGCUGCUCUGUGUCACUGGUGGGCUCCGGCUUCUUCCCCGACCGCGACCAGAUUCUGUGUACAGACUGCAACAACGACGACUGACCGCCGCUCACACCACCUGCAGCAAAUAUCAAACACGGCUGACACCAGCAGCAGAACGUCUAAACCUCAGCCCUGAGCACAAACACUGCAAUAUUAUAAACUCACUCACAGUAAAGCUGACACAAAGCUCAGUAUUUACAACUCAAAACUCUCGUCAGCCUGUAGCACAUGUUGUAUAAAUUCUGCAGACAUGUCCUGUGAUGUAUGUAUGACUCUGUUUUUCAUUGUUUUAUAUAUUUUGCACAUCAAAGACUAAAUAAAAUAUACAAAAGAUAUGUAAACAUUUAAAUUAAACUGUUUGAUUAUUCAUAAAAGUGGUAAUACAUCAUUUUAUAACACUUUUUUCAGUACUGCUAUACAAAACCAAAAUUUGAAUUUGAAUGUUACUUGUUUAGUUUAUUCAACUGCCCAUUUUCUUCUUCUAUGUAAAUUUAUUUGUUGAAAAUGUUGCAAAAAACAUAUAUUUUCUUUUAAUUUUGGCUUUAAACUAUCUUUUCUGUCAUCCACGCAAUGAUAAUAAAUAUGAUAAAAACAA